ACGCUGCUGCAUGUCCGUACCUCGGAGGGGUGCAGGAGCCGCGAGGCAAUGCAAAGCACACUUUUGGGGUGUGAGUGUUGGUUCUCAAACAAUAUCCUUACGAAAAACCUGUUCCGCCCCGCUGCCAGCUGGCUCGAGGCAAGGCUUCAGCAGAAGCUGUCUUGCUGUUCAUGAGCAUAACCCGGCCCUACAGGGGCGACAGGGGGCCAGGAGCAUUUUAAAUCAUUCAACGAGAUGCCAGAAAACCUGUUCUCCACCGCGUGCCCGGGUCACCCUCGGUGCACAGCGCACGGGCGCGAUGCACACAGGAGAGCGCGUCAUGGCGGGGAGAGGGGCAGGAGGAGGAAGAACGCCAGGGAAAGUUCGCAGCGAGCGGGAACGGGGAAGGAAGGAAGGCGGCAGGGCAGCGCACCCGGGAAACGCGGGCAUACGACGGGAUUAUCGCAGCCGCCAGCUGCUCCUCGCCAGCUCCCGGCAACGCCGACUGCGAAGCCAGCUUAAAGGGAGGAAAACAAUGACACAAGAGCAGGAGAGACAGCCCGGCCACCUGGGAGCAGGUGGGGAGGGAGGCGACGAGCGCCGGGGACACGGGAGCCCCGCGCUGGGCGCUCGGGCAAGGUGCGAGGUGCGGCGGCACCUCCGGCGGCACACACGCAGACGGAAGGGCUGCAGCCCCAACGCCGUCCCCAGCCGCGGAGCCCCGCACACACCGGGGGAGUUUUCCAGCGGCCCCUGCCCGAGCAGCCCCAUCCUCCUUCAGGUGGCUGAACGCCGCGCUGCUCUCCGCGUUCCGGAGCCGGGCGGCUGCCCGGGGGGAUUUCGGGACCGCGGCGUGACCGCGGGGCGCGGAGACCCGAGGGAAUCCCGCCCCGGCAGCCCCCUUACCUUGCGGGCGUUCUCCACCCGCGCGGAGGGACGGGGAGCGCCGGUGGGCGAGAGCGCGGCGUGGCUCGGUGCGGGGCUCGGUGCGGGGCCGAGCGCGGGGCUCGGCGCUACCAACAAAGUGCCGGAGCGGCGCGGGCGGGCGCCGGGCAGCGGGAACAGCCGCGGAGCGGAACGGAGCCGAGCUCCCUCUGCCGGCCCGCCCCGCCCCGGCCACAGCCCCUGCCCCAGCCCGCGGCCGGGGCGGGCCCGCGGAGGACCGUUGCGGAGCUCGGCCGUCGGCCAGCUGCGUUCUCCUGUUGCGGCGUGCAGGUCGCCCGCAGGAUGCCGGGAGCCACGCACGAAACCUACCAAGACUCCAAAGCAAGGAAGUGUAUCUACACCACCUGCGGGGCGAGUCGGCUGCGAGAAGAUCACUCUCCCGUCUUCACCGGCAAUCCCGGAUGAAAUCUCCUCGCUGUCGGUGCUGUUUCCAUUUGGCUACGCGUGCCCCAAGCCCUGA